UCCCGCCCCGCCCAACGGCCGCCCUCGCCGCCGCCGCUGGCGCCGCGGGCGGAGCGCAGCGGGGGCAUGGCGGCUCCGAGGGCUGCAGCGCCUGGCCCCGGCGGCGGGGUGGUAGGACCCGAGCCGGUGCCGGUGCCGGUGCCGGUGCGCGGCCGGGGGCUGGAGCUGGAGCUGGGGAGCAGCACGCAGACGUCGCACCGACUGCUGGCCUACAGCGACGCGCUGCUCUCUAUCAUCGCCACGGUGAUGAUUUUGCCUGUGGCUCACACAAAAAUACAUCCUGAUCAGAAACUAGGUGAAAGUGUUCAGCAACUUCUUCUAGCAAAAAUUGCAGUCUACUUGAUGACCUUCUUAAUAGUCACAGUGGCGUGGGCAGCUCAUGUGAGGUUGUUUCAGGUGAUAGAGCUCAUAGAUGAUGUCCUCGCUCUUCUAAAUCUGGCUUGCAUGAUGAUUAUAACUUUCUUGCCAUACACAUUUUCCUUAAUGGCCUCCUUUCCAGAGGUACCUUUUGGCAUUUUCCUGUUCAGUGUCUGUGCUGUUGUCAUUGGCCUUAUACAGGCUGUGAUAGUAGCAUAUGGAUUCUAUCAUCCACACUUACUGAAUCAACAGAUACAGGUGUCUGAAAAUCAGAAUUUCUAUAAACGUCGUAUCUUAAAGAUUAUCCUAAGAGGACCGGUUUUGUGCUUUUUAGCAGCUGUCUUUUCUUUUUUCUUUAUUCCUUUGUCUUAUGUACUUCUUGGUCUCGUAAUUGUUUUUCCGCAUCUCACUCGAUUCAUUACAUGGUGUAAAACCAAGAUUGUCGGUCAGAGAGAUGAAGGGGAGGAACACCACAGCUUAGAAACCUUCACUUUUUACCUGAGUGAGCCUCUGAGUAAGGAACGGGUGGAAGCAUUCAGUGAUGGAGUCUAUGCUAUUGUAGCAACCCUGCUCAUUUUGGAUAUAUGUGAAGACAACGUCCCUGAUCCCAGAGAAGUUGAGGAGAAGUUCCAUGGCAGCCUUCUUGAAGCUUUAAGUGAAUAUGGGCCAAACUACCUUGCUUACUUUGGCUCGUUUGUAACAAUUGGUCUCCUGUGGUUUGUCCAUCAUUCACUUUUCCUUUCCAUAACAAAAGCUACACGGUUAAUGGAACUGCUUAACAUACUUUCAUUGGCUUUUAUCGGUGGGCUUCCGCUAGCUUACCAGCUGACCAGUGAAUUUGCAGAGAAGUCUCACAAUGAAAUAGAAGCCAUUCAGGUCAGCUGUGUUAUCACUUUCUUUGCCAGUAUAUUUCAGUUUGCAAUAUGGACUACAGCCCUCCUCCAUGAAAGGGAAACUUUGCAUCCUUUUGCUAGGUAUGGUGGCAAGGAGCAUGCAUUCAUGUUUGCCAAGCUGGCUCUCUACCCUUGUGUAAGCCUUGGGGCCUUCUUUCUAACGUGCUUGUUAAGUGAAUUUAGCACAGCAAUUUUCCAUCUUAUGCAGAUUGUAAUCCCAUUUGCUUUUCUUGCCCUGCGCAUUUUUGUUAGAAUUUCUUUAACUGUCAUAAAGUCUGUGAUGUCUCUCUCCACACGGAAGGUUGUACUGUUAGAAGAAGAGGAGGCAUGUUUGUCUCCUACUGAAACACUGUCCUAAAUUUCCGUGCAGUGCAUGUGAAGUAAUAACAUGAACUUCAGUUCUUCUAACUCACAUUAUCUUCAUGUAUGGAUUAUAUUGGUCUAAACCAAAGUCCGCGCUGGUCAUAACUGGGGCAUAUUUUUUAGCUGGUCAUGCCUGAGACCCGUUCUCCAAAACCUGUAAUUGGAAAAAUUUGGUAAAUAGGAGAUACAAAGAAAAGCAUGUUCCCUUUCCUUUAGAGUUACCCUUUUGGAAAAAAAUGCUGCUUGACAUGUAACUGCAGUGAUGAUCGAUUAAGAAGUGCACAAGUAGAUGCUCAGCAAAAUGCCCUUUUUUCUGACAUGGCAGUCAUUAUGGCAGCCAAACACAAGUACAGAGGCUGGUUGUACUGCUGUAAAAGAGGGAGGGCUUUGAAGACAUGGAGACCUCUGGAUUUCUUUAUAGUGCAUCAAGGUAGAACACUUGUGCAUACAGGUUGCUGGUCUUCAUUUUUUUUCUUUUUAGUGGUUACGAUGUCUCUUCUGCAUAGUCACAAACUUCUGAUGGCAUUUUGAAAACUACUUGUGUUGGGUGGCUCUGAGCAUGACUUUAGAUGGGAGUUGCAGUUGUGACCCUUAUGCAGUCUUCCAGGCUACCUGAACACAAGUUCUUCAGGCAUAUCUGUUAUUUUAAAAAUGGAUGUAUUUAACAAAUGAGAAGUCGUGUGGAUAUGUAUCCAAGGUUUGAACUAGCUUUGGUAUCUCUGAGGGAAGAUACUCAAAGUGCCAUGGGACUAGAGGUAAAUUUGUUUUCAGUUCUGAAGCAUCUGCUCAUCUGAAAUGAAAGGUUUGGAUGUCUCAGGCUUUGUGUGUCUGUUUCCAUGCCUAUUGAAAGAAACAUCCUUCUGUUAUUCUGAAGGCAUGAUGUCAGAGAGUGUGUGAGACUUUCCCGCCACAUGUUAGCGUUCCCCAUCAGGUAAGGGAGUUGAGUUUUUCCAUAAGUAGAGUCUAAGGGAUCCCACAGAUUUCUGAUCCUCAGCAAGAGAGCAGAAGAAACCAACCCUGUAGGAGUCCCAGCCCAUGGCACGUUGAACUUUUUUACACUUUGCAGUUUGAUAACCUUUAUGCUUUAUCAAACGUUACCCUCUAGAGAGCUGUACAGAAGAAGUUGGCAAAGUCAUGUAGCCUCUGGCUGCCCUGAAAGCCUUUACAUUUCUUUUUGGCAGAGCCAUUAGUUUGUAUCUUGAACUGUCUUAGUGCCUGAUAACUUUAAUCCCAUAUUUAAAUGCACUUGAGGGAUCCUGUUGUUCCUCUUCAAAAAAUUUAAAAAUAAAAUUUUAAAAUUGUUAGUGAAAACCAAUUCAGGUAUCUUGUUUCAGUUGGGAUCAGUCCUGAAAGCACUUGUGCUUUUGGUUUGAAGCACCUUGGUAUCAAUAUGUAAUUGUUAGUAUUACCUACUUCUUCUUCAAGGGGAUUUAUACCUGCUCAAGGUUAAGUGGCUUGCAGUAGGAUUCUGCAUUGUGUUGUGUAUCACAAGGUUUUUCUGGUACUUAAUAAGAGCACUUUUGGUUCUGUACAAUUUUGUUUUUAUGUGCAUCAGGCACAUAACAAGCAGUGAAUAUAUGUAUUUGUAAUAAAUUCCAAUCAGUGAAAAGAAAAAAGCUUCUAGCCCUUUAUUUCUGCUCUGCAGCUGAAAACUUAAAUCUGAUGUCUACAAUUAGAAUUAUGUUGGGCAUGUUUUUAUUUUUUGUUUCCUUCAAAAUCAUCAAGGUCCCUUCCAACCUCAGCCGUUCUGUGAUUUUGUGUGAAACACCCAAAAGCUUUUAAUGUCAUGGAAAGAAAUGCUGAUUCUGCUUCUGUUGGUAGUUGAAGAAAAUGAGACCUGAAACGGAAUCUGACCAAGGAGUUUCAUUCCAAUGUUUACAGGGGUGCUUUGAAGAGCACUGAAUUGCAAUGUAUAAAUACUACAAGGAACUGUAAUGGCUAACUAAUGCAUUUUUUCCUUUUUUUUUUUUAACCCCACUUGCAAGUAAUUUUUCUGCAGCAAGAACAAUUUUUUCGCUUGUAGUCAUUACUCAAACCAAAUUUAGUAAUAUCUCAGAACCUAAACUUUUGUAUAAACAGAGUUGGUUUAUGACCAUUUUGAUAGUUUUGGUAAGUUCUGGAGAAAUAAAUUGCAUUUCAGAACAAGGCA